AUGGCUGCAAUUGUGUCGUCUGAACCCGCGGAUGGUGAACAAUACAUUGGCAGUAAAGAUGUGAUCACACGCGUUUUGAAUGACAACCCGGCACGGGAAACCCCCGGAAUAUUCGCAAUAACAGCGGGUCCUGACAAUCCAAUUUUCCUGCUCCUGAACAACGAUAAAGCUCACAUCGUUCCAUCCGCUGAUUCUGGCAUACAUAAGUUUGCGGGAAAAAUCCUUCGGUAA